CGUGCCCCACUGUCCUUUGCGUACAGGUGGCCGGCUUUGGACCAGGCACACCGCGACCCCGGAAGUCCCGCGCAGGGGCCGGCGGGCCCUCGGCCCCGGCGGCUAUGGCAGUGGCUACCGCGGCAGCGAUACUGGCCGCACUAGGUGGGGUCCUGUGGCUAGCCGCCCGGCGGUUUGUGGGGUCCAACGUCCAGCGACUGCACCAAGGCGGGGACUCCGGCCUCAUGCGCGGGAAAACCGUGCUGAUCACGGGGGCGAACAGUGGCCUGGGCCGCGCCACCGCGGCCGAGCUGCUGCGCCUGGGGGCUCGAGUGAUCAUGGGCUGCCGGGACCGCGAGCGCGCCGAGGAGGCGGCGGGUCAGCUCCGCCGCGAGGUCUGCCCGGCUGGAGGCCCCGACUCGGAGCCCAACUCCAGCGGGGCCGGCGAGCUCGUCGUCAAGGAGCUGGACCUCGCCUCGCUGAGUUCCGUGCGCUCCUUCUGUCAAGAGAUGCUCCAGGAAGAGCCUAGACUGGAUGUUUUGAUCAAUAACGCCGGGGUCUUCCAGUGCCCUUAUAUGAAGACUGAAGAUGGAUUUGAGAUGCAGUUCGGCGUGAACCAUCUGGGACACUUCCUACUCACCAACCUUCUCCUUGGACUCCUCAAAAGUUCAGCUCCCAGCCGAAUUGUGGUUGUUUCCUCUAAACUUUACAAAUACGGAGACAUCAACUUUGAAGACUUGAAUAGUGAACAGAGCUAUAAUAAAAGCUUCUGUUACAGUCGGAGCAAACUGGCUAACAUUCUUUUUACCAGAGAACUAGCCCGCCGCUUAGAAGGCACCAACGUGACUGUGAAUGUGUUACACCCUGGCAUAGCGCGGACUAACCUCGGGAGGCACAUACACAUCCCACUGUUGGUCAGACCGCUUUUCAAUUUAGUGUCAUGGGCUUUCUUCAAAACUCCAGAAGAGGGGGCCCAGACUUCAAUUUAUUUAGCCUCUUCACCUGAGGUAGAAGGUGUUUCAGGGAGGUACUUUGGGGACUGCAAAGAGGAAGAACUGUUGCCCAAAGCUAUGGAUGAAUCUGUUGCAAGAAAACUUUGGGAUAUCAGUGAAGUAAUGGUUGGCAUAUUAAAAUAGGGACAAGGGAAAAAAAAAAUAGGGACAAGGAAUGGACGAGAGCUAUUUGUAAAACUGGAUGUCAGCUCUGUCUUUAAUCAGCAAUGGUGUGUCUUGGAUCCUUGCUACUUGAAAAUACAAUUUUGGUUUACAAUAGUACUGCUAAGAGGUUCAUAGAGGUAUUUUUAAGCUACUAAGAAGUUAUUAUUUAGAGAGCAUAAAAUUUCCCAAAAGAUGUUUUAAAUAUAUAUAGUAAGCAUAUCAAUAAGUAUGAGUGAUAUGUUUAUGCAUGGAUUACAAAUAUUAAAGAAUUUAAUGACUUGAAAUAGAUACCUUGAGAAGUUUUUCACAUAGCUGUGAGUUUUAUGGUUUAUUUAGUGUUAAAUAUUUUAAUGAUGAUACUGGCUUUUGUGGGGAAAUAAUAUGCCUGGUGUGAAUGCACAAUUCUUACUUGGAAUAAAUUUAUUGAUACAGA